AUGGAGAUCCAACCUGAAUAUAACAAGCCGUCGAGAGGUUUACAAGGAUCAGAAAUAGCUUUUUUCUCGGAUUCAGCCGGUGAUGUUACACUUACAAAGGAUAAUCUGUAUACUUACAGCAUUCCUCCAGCGAAUUCGUCUCUCUGUCCCUUUGGGUUGAAUACCAAUCUCGGGUACAAAGGGUAUCAGCCCAAAGUGUAUAAACCUAGGGAAUCGACCCUUGGGAACUUUGAGAAGGCAUUGCUUGAGCUAGGAAGUAAGGCUAACGAAUACAAAGUCAUUGCUCCAUCGUCCUUUUUUCAGUAUGUUUCAACUUUAAAGACGUCGGAAUUUAACAUUAUAUAUAUUAACAGAAAAAUCAUCAUUGCCAACACAGAGACUAGAGCGGGACAAAAUCCUAAAAUGUCUUAUUCUGGGAUACGAUUUGAAGACCUGUUGUGUCAUGGAACUCGGAAGAAAACGCUUAACAACUACAAUUUAUAUCAAACGAUUAGGACGGUAUCUGUCAAUGGCAUCAAAUGUAUAUAUUGUGCAGAAGUUGAUGCGGUGAAUUCCAGUGGGGAAUACACCGAGAUUAAGAUGAUUUUAUGCCGAAAUAGCAUUCCCCAUGCUAAAACGACUAACAAGAGGAAUAUAUUGAAAAUGUUGCAUUCUGGGAAUAAAUACUUUGAUAGUUUUUUGUUGAGGCUAAUCACACAAUGUCAAUUUUCAGGUAUCAAUAAUGUAUUGAUUGGUGUGAGAGAUGCAUCAUUCAACAUUAGAAACAUCACUGAAUUCUCCGUUUCUGAUGACCUGUUACCAUUCUUUAAACACACAUACCCUGCACAUUAUCAAUUGUUUGAGUCGUCUAGCACAAACAUAAGUAACGUUAUGAAGAGAAUCAAGCAGCUCGUCGAUCAAAACAGACCUGUUUGGAAACUACAUAUUCGUAGUGGAGUCUAUACACUUGAAGAAGCAAAGCAGAAACAGGACAUCUUUGAUACGGUCCUGAUUCCUGAGUUCAAGAGGAUGCUAGUAUAA